AUGGCACCGUCUCUCCUCGACACAUCCGUUGGUGCUCUGGAGAUCGGAAUCCUCAUCUCCACAGUGCUGUUCGGCGUUAUGACCAUGCAAACAUACAUUUACGUAGCUUCCGAGCAUUUCAAGCGCGACAAGGUGUACAUCAAGAUAUUGGUCGGUUUUGUGUGGCUUACGGAGACUCUCCAUACGGCUCUCAGCUGGUCUUACCUCUAUGGUGCUACUAUCACGGAGUUUGGACAGGUUCUCAAGCUCUUCCUCGUCCCAUGGGAUCUCGCUACAUGCGUCUUCCUAUCCGGUGUGGUCGGAUGCGCCGUCCAGUCAUUCUUUGCAUGGCGCAUCCGCGUUGUAUCGUCGCAGAUUGUCAUCGCCCUUCCUGGCUGGAUUCUUUCCGUUUUUCGACUCGCUCUGGCCAUCGCUCUCACAGUCACUUCAAUGCGAGUCGGACUUCUCCCGGAAUUUGUUCAGCAGUAUAGGUGGCUGAUGAAUUUGGCGAUCGCCAACACCAUGGCGCUCGACGCCUACAACGCGAUGUCCCUUAUCUUACUCUUGCGCCGGAGACGCAGCAGGUUUCGCAAUACGAGACUUGUCCUUGACAAGCUAAUCCUGUGGACUGUCGAGACUGGAGCGGUCACAAGCGUCGCAUCAAUACUCAUGCUUGCCUGCACCGUAUCAAUGCCUAACAAUGCGAUUUGGCUUGGAAUCCUGCUUUUCUACGCAAAGCUUUACUCAAACAGUUUGCUUGUAUUGUGA